UCACGCUGCUCGGGUCUGGACGGGGCACAUUCCUCAUCCCAGUGCGGUAGGGGCCCCAUAGGGGCAGCCCACCCUACAUCCCCCAAGAUGCCCAGCAGAACUGUCCGCUAUGCCCGCUACAGCCCACAGCAGCGGCGACGGCGGUUGCUAGCCGAUCGCAGUGUGCGUUUCCCUAAUGAUGUCCUGUUCUUGGACCACAUCCGCCAGGGUGACCUGGAGCAGGUGGGGCGAUUCAUCCGGGCUCGGAAAGUCUCCCUGGCCACCAUCCACCCCUCAGGCCUGGCCGCCCUGCAUGAAGCUGUGCUCUCUGGAAACCUGGAAUGCGUGAAGCUGCUGGUCAAAUACGGGGCUGACAUUCACCAGCGCGAUGAGACAGGCUGGACACCCCUGCACAUUGCCUGCAGUGAUGGGUACCCUGAUAUAGCCAGGUACCUCAUCUCCCUGGGGGCAGAUAGAGACGCAGCCAACGAUGAUGGCGACCUGCCCUCCGACCUCAUCGACCCGGACUUCAAGGACCUGGUGGAGCUUUUUAAAGGGACCAGCAUGGACUGAGCCGGCCCUGCCCUCGCAGGGUCCCGCCUCCCUGGAGAAGUCGCGCCUCCCCCAGGAGCCAGCGCGUGCCCCACCCACGGGCCAAGGAGCCGCCGGACCCGUCCUCGGGCACGACCUCGUCACACACCCGCCUCCCUGGCCUGGGUUUUCUCCAGGUGUAUUUUUUUUACUGUGACACUUUUUACUUUUGCAAUAAACGUGACUCCCA